CCCACUCCUCAACACUCGGUCUAGAUAUACUAUGUCUAUGAAACAGAAUCUGUUCCUUGCCAAAAAGUGAAGAAGAAGAAGAAGAAGAAAUGUGUGUCGUGUGUCGUGUGUGUGUGUGUAUAUGUCAUCGAUGAAUUACUAAAUGUAAAAACAAAUAAUUAUUUAUCUCAUAAAAAGAGUUAUAGUGAUUAAUUCAAAACGAAAUUAUCUAAUCAGUGCAACCUAACUAAAGUAAUAUGCUAACCUCGUACAUAUUAUUGUUUACCGGUUUGAUUAGUAUCAUAACAUGUAAUAAUGCAUAUAAUGACUUUUUCGACGAGGAGUUAAUGUUGAAACCUUUAUCAAAUAAUCACAUUUAUGCUUAUUUUCAAUUUACCACGAUAUGGAAAACGGCAAAACAUAUAGAAACGCUUCAACAUUCGCAUCUCUUUCCAAGAGGCUUGGGUGAAAUCAUAGGUCGUCAUAAUGUCGAUGAAUUACAUGUUACUUUAACAGAAGGCUUAUGGAAUUAUCAAAAAUGGGGAUAUCCGUUCCAUGAUGCUGGACCUGGUGCUGAAAUCACUGCUUGGUUUAAUAAGAAUGUAACAAACGUAGACAAAAAAUGGAAAGGUCUGACAAAUGCUUUAGCUGGAUUACUUUGCGCAUCUCUGAAUUUUAUUGAUAUAUCUAAUAGCAUGUCACCAGAGUUUACAUUCCGUCCCACUGGACUUGUCAUGAAUGGAUUAGUAAAUGCUAGUCACUUACGUUAUUCAUCACUACCAAAGGAGAUAGUUUGUACUGAAAAUCUAACACCAUUUAAGAAAUUGUUGCCAUGUGACUCCAAGAGAGGUCUAGCAACAUUGUUGAAUUCUGCACAUAUACAUAAUACAAAUUAUCACUCCAUUGGAAUACAUUUUCGAUCAAUAUGUCGUGACACAAGUUGCACAAGAAUUUCUUUAGAACUGCAACAGACUGUCUCCUUAAUAUAUGAUAUAAUGACAGACAUGAAUCAGGAUUGGUCAAUAAGAAAAUUUUUUGGAAUGGGGCUUCAAGGUGCAUGCCCACUUGCAACAUUAAGUAAUGUGUAUGUUGAUAUAUCGAGCAAUAAUACGAAUCAUAUAUAUGAGUUAACACCACCACCAAGUGCAAGAAUUGUUAGCUUACGUGGAGGACAACAGAAUAAUAUAGCAGUAUAUGAUAUCAGAAAUCAUUCUAGUAGAGGAAUAUUUAAUAUUGCUGCUAUAUAUAAUAUGCCAACUAAUAUUAUAAACUAUCCUUCAAUUCUCUAUGCAAAUAGAUAUAUUAUUGCUGAACUUGCUGCACUAAUUCACGAAGUUUGCACUAAAGCAUUCUUUUUGGGUGAACCAUGCAAGAGGUAUGGUCAAGAAAGAGGCAGUUUAGUGACUAAAUUAUAUAAUAAUCACUGGCAGACAUUAGAUGUGAUCUUAUUGGAAAAUAUUCCAUGGUACUUAUUAGUUUACUUACAUUCUGUUACAAUAACUCAGAAUGGACAACAAGUUCGUCCAUUGGUGCAGCGUUAUCUACCUGGAAAAGAAAGAAAAAGCCCGUAUUACUUAGAAUUAAUCCUGCGCCUGCCUCCACAUUCGGUAAUGAAAAUCACUAUCGAUAUAGAUUACUUAUUUCUUAAAUGGCAGGAAUAUCCACCAGAUGCUAAUCACGGUUUUUACAUGGGACCAGCCAUAAUUACGGCUUUGUUACCCAUAGCUAGAAAUUACACCGCUCUGCCGUUUGAUGGAAGUACAAUCAGUUCAAGUUUUAACGCUUCAAGGGACGACUAUUUAGUACAAUUACGGACAGAGUCUUUGCUUAUCAGUCUUCCGACUCCCGAUUUCAGUAUGCCUUACAAUGUCAUAUGCCUUGCAUGUACAGCCGUCGCAUUAGCAUUCGGCCCUCUUCAUAAUAUUUCCACGAAAAGAUUGGUCUUGAAGCGUAUUGAGAAGGAUUGGAAAAGUAAAUUGUUUUCCUUCUUCAUAGAAAGAAUAUUUAGAAUAAAGAGAAAACAAGAAUAAAAACUAUAAAUGAAUUAUAUAUUAAAUGUAUUAUAAAUGUGUAAAGUGUAUUUCUCAUUUAAAUAAAUAUAUUCACAUAUUUUA